GAAAUAUAUGCAGGCGGCGCCACUGAACAUUAUCGAUAUCACCUUCCUCGAUAAAGACAAUUUUAGAAAAACAAAAAUGGACGUCACUCUCUUAGGCUCUAUUGCAGGUGUAAUUCUUCUUUUAAUCGUCGUUUGUACGGUGUUCCUAGGACGAAGAUCCGCUACGCGGAAGAAACAAACUAAUGUACCAGAGAGAGCCCCGCAAGGCAGACCAGUGAGACGAGCAGCAGGUCAGAGAAAUGCUAGACGUCGUAUGCAAACAAAUGUUGUUUCACAAGUAAAUGAUGAUGAAGAUGCAUCUGGAAAUGAAGGCAACGACGAAGCGGAUGAAAAACCAGAUAUAUCUGAUCAGAAGAUAGGUACCAAGAAGCGGGCAAAGUUAGCAGCAAAAGCAGAGAGGAAGGAACAACGAGAGCAAGCUGAACGGGACAGAGAGGAGCGUAGGAAGAGGGAUCAGUUGUUGCAGGAACAGAGGGAUAAAGAAUCCCAGAAGGAGCAUGAGGAGGAAUUGCGACAGGAAGAAGCAGAAAAGAAAGCAAGAGAGGAGAAGGAAAAGAGAGACUAUGAAGAAUAUUUAAAAAUGAAAGAAGCAUUUAGCAUAGAGGAUGAAGGAUAUGACAAGGAGCAACAGGAAGACGAAGAAAAUUUAUUGCAAGGAUUUGUUGAAUAUAUUAAAAAAAAUAAAGUAGUAAUCCUGGAAGAUCUGGCUGCAAUCUUUAACUUGAAAACAGCAAGCAUUAUAGACAGAAUUCAAGAGCUACAAACUAAUGGUAGCUUAACAGGCGUAAUCGACGAUCGAGGAAAAUUUAUUUAUAUCUCUCAGCAAGAACUCGAGGAUGUCGCGAAGUUCAUGAAACAGCGAGGUAGGGUCAGCAUCGUCGAAUUGGCCGAAAAUUCCAAUCGUUUAAUAAAUCUAAAUCCAGAGUCCAAAUCAAGCAUAGUGGAGGCUAGAUAGAUACACGCUUCUAGUGCAAUUACAAAAUUACAUUUAUUUUAUUCGUAUUUACAAGCGAUUCAAAUAUUUAAAGUUAAAAUAUUUAAUUGCUUGUAAAUACCUUUUAACCCUUUCUUUUGAGGGAAAUAAAUAAAGACUAUUCAGAUAUGUACUGUUCAUACAGAACGAGCAUAUCAUUUUUGAUUAAUUAUCAAAUAAAUAUACUGUAAGAAAUUUAUCCAUAAUGUGAACCAUCCAAUAAGAAGUGUAUAUUCUAGAGAAGCAGAAUUAUCAUGUAUAAACACAGUUUUAUUUAUACUCCACUUGUUAUGAAAUAUUAUAAUUUUAUUUAACUGUAAAUAAAAUAUAAAACUUAUUUACGUCAAGCUUUUUUUAUUAUCUCGAUAACAAUUCGGCGGAAUAAACGUUUAAAAUAAAUUAUUAAACAAUACAUUUUAUUUUCA